AUGUCUUGCUUUCUUUUGUUGAGCACCUCAAGCACAAGAGGGUUAAGAUUUUUUACCGACAAUCAGAGUGCAGCCAGGAUAGUUUCCGUUGGUAGCUCUAAGGUCCAUCUUCAGUCGCUGGCUCUAAGCAUUUUUCGUUUUUGUUUUCACACGGUAUUGCUUUGGAAGCUCAGUGGAUUCCAAGGUCACUCAACGAGAGGGCUGAUCUUUUGAGCCGGUUCGCUGACAAGGAUGAUUGGCGUCUUAAUCCGUCCGUGUUUCGACUUGUAGAUGCCAAAUGGGGUCCCCACACCAUAGACCGCUUCGCUUCCUAUUAUAACGCUCAGCUUCCGCGUUUUAACUCUAAGUAUGCUUCACCUGGUUGCAGCGGUGUUGAUGCCCUGGUACAGGAUUGGAGUGGAGAGAAUAACUGGGUUUGCCCUCCGGUGGGUCUCGUCGUGGAGGCCGUUCGAGUUCUCACUGCUUGUUCCGGUCGCGGGUCCUUGAUUAUUCCUGAAUGGCCGUCGGCCUAUUUUUGGCCUCUCUUACAUGAUGGGCCCUCACGGUUUCAGUCAUUCGUCAGGGAGGUUUUUGUGCUUCCCGCCAUAAAGGAUCUUAUUUUGGAAGGCCCAGGUCAGAGGCAGAUCUAUAAGUCUCACCCGUCCGUUUUUCACGGUUGCCCAAAAUUCAGAAUGUUGGCUUUGCGCGUGGAUUUUGGGUGAGUUUUUCGUACUGUCACGGAUAGUGUUUUGAGCCUGAUUUGGCAUAUUUUGAGCCUGAUUUGGCGUAUUUUGAGCCUGAAUUGGCAUAGUUUGAGCCUGAUUUGGCAUAGUUUGAGCCUUAUUUGGCGUGCUUUGAGUCAAUGUGGUCUCGACACGUGUGUUUUGUGCCUGCAUCGGUAUUUUUUGCUGGAAUUGGUCAUUAGCGCAGUAAUUGUUUGAUUUUCACGAUAUUUUCUUUUCUUUCAGAUGUUCUGAGUUCCGGGAUUUGGCUUGAAGCAGCCUCAUUGUCCGAUUCCUCUUUGAGUGACAUGGUUCCAGGCCUUAUUAAUCUGCAAUUAGAUGCUAAGGCUCCGUCCACGGUGCUGAAGUACAAGUCUGGCUGGUUGAGGUGGCGCGAGUGGGCUCUGUCGAAGAUUGGUGUUCCCGUUAUUCCAGCAAAACCUUUGCAUAUCGCAUUGUUUAUCUCCGAGCUAGCUAAGCGUUCUUCCGAGAAUAACAUCGGUGUAUCUUCUAUAGAAUCUGCCGUUUAUGCUAUUAAGUGGGGCCACGCAAUGGCCGGUUUUGAGGCUUGUCCUGUUAGCCAUCCCUUAGUAAAGUUUGCGUUAGAAGGCGCCAAAAGAAGGCUUGCCCGACCUGUUCAGCCUAAGGAGCCGCUGUCGGUUAGCACCGUACAGGCGAUUGCUACGCAUUUUGCCUCAAGCGCUUCACUUUCCGAUCUUCGUUUUUAUUUAUUCUUUUAGUUGGUUUUGCAGGCUUUUUUCGCAUUGACGAGAUUAGGAAUAUAGCACUUCGUGAUGUCUCAAUACAUAGUGAUCAUAUGUCAGUUUAUUUACCUCAGCGCAAAACGAUCAGUAUAGGGAAGGCCACACUGCUUUUCUCGCUAGAACCGGCAAGGUUACUUGUCCUGUAG